AUGUCACGAUUCCAGGCGCCCUCGAACGAAGACCGCGAUGACGUUUUCUCUGAAGAGGAGACACGAUUGGAGAAGCCGAUCGCCCCUCAAGCAGAGCCCAGGGAGCUCAAAUUGGUGUAUAGGAAUAUAAUAGUGCUUCUUUACUACCACAUGGCCGGAAUAUACGGCCUAUACCUUGGACUGACCGCAGCUAAAUGGGCCACAGUAAUUUCAGCAUUCAUUACUUACUGCAUUAGUGGUAUUGGAGUGACAGCAGGAAGUCACCGACUCUGGUCCCACAAGUCGUAUAAAGCAACAAAACCACUGCAGCUAUUCCUGAUGCUGUGUCAGUCGGUGUCCAACCAACAUUCGGUGGCGUAUUGGGUCAUGGUCCAUAGACUACACCAUAAAUAUAGCGAUACCGACGCUGAUCCGCACAACGCGACCCGUGGGUUCUUUUACUCCCACAUGGGAUGGCUGAUGGUGAGGAAGCACCCUGAAAUAGAAAAAAGGGGGAAACUGCUGGAUUUGUCCGAUAUUUAUGGAAAUCCCUACCUCAAAUUCCAGGACACGCAUUACUAUUGGUUCCUUCCGCUAAUAUCGUUCUUAUUGCCAACGAUCAUUCCUAUGUACUUCUGGGGGGAGAGCUGCAGCGUCGCGUGGAACGUCAACAUGUGCAGAUACGUCAUGAACCUUAACGCCAUUUUUCUGGUGAACAGCGUGGCCCAUAUAUGGGGAUACAAGCCUUACGACAAGAACAUUGCCCCUUCACAGAACCUUUCGGUGUCUGUGUUGAGCCUGGGCGAGGGCUUUCACAACUACCACCAUGUCUUCCCUUGGGACUAUAAGUGCGAUGAAUUGAGCUCGUUCAGGACCAACCCUACCACUGUAUUUAUAGAGCUGUGCGCGAAAUUGGGGCUGGCGUAUGAUCUGAGGAGCGCUUCGGAUGACUUGAUCGAGGGUAGAGCCAAGCGGACCGGCGAUGGAAGUUAUCUGACCCUAAAAAAAAGCAGAUAGACAAGCGUUUUUAAUCUCACACGAUAU